AUGGGCCUUUACACCGCCGCCCAUUCCAAUUCCCAAGGCGCUGGAGACGUCCGACCAACGGCACUCCAAAUAAUCCAAGACGAGUCCCUCGAAGGAAAACUAUCCGAAAAAGUGAUAGUCCUCACAGGAUCAACAUCCGGAAUCGGCAUUGAGACCGCACGAGCCCUAUCAGCAACAGGCGCAACCUUAUUCCUCACAGCGCGCGAUACCACAAAGGCCGAGAAAGCCCUAGCUGGACUCCUCAACCCGACCCGCGUGCACCUAGUCGAAAUGGACAUUGCUUCCUUUACCAGUAUCCGCAUAGCAGCAGCAGAUAUCUUGACAAGAUCCCACGACCAAGUCAACAUACUAGUCAACAAUGCCGGAGUAAUGGGCCUCAAGAACCGAGAGCUCACGGAAGACGGACACGAAAUGCAUUUCGCAACCAACUUUCUCGGAUCAUUUCUUCUAUUCCAACUUCUGAGGCCCGCUCUACUUGCCAGUUCGAGAGCCGAUUUCAAUUCUCGGGUCGUCAAUGUCGCGUCCUCGGCUCAUCGGGCUUGGAAUUUGAAUGAGAGUGAUAAUUACAAGUUUGAGAAUGGAGGGUAUAAUUUUGGCGUUGCUUAUGCGAAUUCGAAGCUCGCUAGUAUCUACAUGGCUAAUGAGAUUGAUCGUCGAUAUGGUGGUUUGGGUCUUCAUGCGACGAGCCUUCAUCCUGGUGCGAUUAAUACCAACUUGUCCAGACAUGUGGGGAGGGAAUUCGUGGAGCAAAUUAUGAGUGAUGAGAAUAUCGUGAGGGUUCUAAAAAGUCCUGAGCAGGGGGCUGCUACAACUGUUUUUGCGGCGGUUGGGAAGGAGUGGGAAGGUAAGGGUGGGAAGUACCUUGAGGAUUGCGAGGAAGCGAAGCGUGGGUUGGAUGAUAAUGAUACUUUUGGGGUUGGAUAUGUUCGGCACACUUAUGAUCUGGAUAAUGAGAAGCGACUUUGGAAGGAUUCACUGCGGUUGGUGGGAAUGGGCUAUGAGACAGAGUGA